GUUGCUGGCAGCAGUCAGGCCGUCGCCGUCGCGCGCUUUGCACGUCUCGAAAGGACCGUUGCACCCGUUUAAGCUUUUUACGUACGUCCCGUGUAACCGCCGCGAAUUCGUUUAAUAUCUGCGGAUGGACGCGAGUUAUAAAAACUAUGGGGAGUUACCUUUAUAUCUUUGAUUAAAUGAUAUUGUCGUCCAUCAUGGAAGGGUUUCUUCAUCAUAUGGCGCCGCAGUUCCUGCACCCAGCGCUGCAGAGCUUCGGAUGCGGAGCUUUUCGGCCUAUAGGGGGCGCCUUCCAUCCUCUGUACCCUGGGAAGGCGUUCGCUAGGCAUCUUGGUGAGCAGUAUGCGCUUGGACAAAGCGUGGGACAGGCUUUGAGGAAUGUCCGCGAUGACAGCAGCACCCCGCCGCUGUACCGGCACGGGUAUGCAGCGAGAGACGACACCAGCUCACCAGGGUCUGCAGCGUCAGCCUCGCCAAGACCCUGCAAGGAUGAUGACGCACCGCCCACGGCUACCUGCACUGACUCCCAUGAUUUCUUCUCUCCGGAUGGUGAGCGCAAGUCGGCGUGUGGAGUAUGUGGUGCCCGUCUGGGUCCUGGCGUGGCGCAGGCUCACUUUCUCCAAGAGCUGCAGCACCUGUACAGCUUGAGCGCCCUGCCGAGGGACACCGCUGCUCCGCCCCAGCACUCGCUGCAUCAUCAGGACGAAGAUGCACGCUGGGAGACAUACCAGCGGAUCCGCGCAAACCGGCAGCGUCGGCUGAAGCUGCGAACUCGCAAACGCCACCACACUGUGGAGAGCAUGCUCGGGUAUGACCUGGACGAGGAGCGCCGAGAGGAGCGGCCCCGGGAGCCCCGGCCUUAUGACGCGGAGGACGAGCCUGUUGAUGUGGAGGGAGACUCGCUUGGAUGGCCGGAGGCGGCUAUCAAUGUUGAUGAAAAAGAGCCUCGCAGUGAGGGCGAGAAGCUGCACAUCAGCUAUGCUGAAGACCUGGAGAUCUCCAGCACCAACGAUGCCAUGCAGUCACCAGAACGCGUGAGGAUUGAGACUCCAAAGUCCAUUUCUUUGGAGUGUCCGCCCAAAGUGGCGGAGAGCGUGGACAGGCCGGCGGAGGUGUCCACUUCGGAGCCCUGGGGCGGUGCCGGAGCACCCACUGCAGCUGCCGACGCCUGGCCGGCCCUGGCUGCGGAGGCCUAUAUCCAGGCAGCUCGCCACAAGCUUGAUGGCGAAAACCUGCCAUCUUCAACUGAUACUCGCAAUUAAGCGUACCUAUUUACGGUGUGUAGGGGUUUCAGACUAGUGUGAUGCGUAUAACCUCGUGAAAGAUCGACGAAAGCACAUCAGCCUACUUCAAUCUGUCAAAUGUCUUCAAAUGAUUUUCAACCAUUUCACAAUAGUAGAAGGUUAAUGUUCGAUUGGUAAAAUUUAACAGUUUCAGGUAGGUUGACCUGCUGGUCCGUAAUCUAUCGACGCGCUUAUAAGUUCGUAUUAGCACAGAUUACCUUAAUAGUUACUGGUAUAAGUGCGAGAUUCUUUUAUGCAGAAAUAAGCUCAUAUCCGCCCAUGUCGUUUAGAUAUGAGUGUUACGUGCGUUUACGGAUAUUUGCGGAUAAAACACUAUAUAUAUAUAAAACACUAUAGUCUGAAAUCUACCAUUACGUCCCUAUUGUCGUUUUCCAUUCGAUGUGAAGUCAGUGUUUAGCAUUCAUCUUCAGAGUAGUGUUGUGACGCAAUUAGAAAAUUGGUUAUCGACAGUUUUUAGAGUCAGGGUCAGAUCUUUGGAUACUACUAUCGUAGGUUCCACGUAUCGAUAAAGAUUACGUAUGGAUAUUCCAAAAACAUUUCAUAAUCAAUCUUCUAACUUUGCAAACUGUUUAGUGAAAUAUUUUAUUACUAGUUAAAUAGAAAAUAUUCAUAUCCGAAAGUCUUAUUUGUAGGUACAACACAUAUUGAUUGUCAGGUGGAAUUCUGAAUCGCUUUUCCAUGUUGGAACCAUUUGUAAGCUAGUGUUUUGCUUUAUCGAUAAUCUGUUUACUACUCGAUUUAUUUAUUGAAAUAAAUUGAUUUUGAAUUUCCCGCAACUUUGAUUUGUUUCUAAUGGGUAAUUUAUUAUGUAACGCAUACCAAAGAUUUUUGGUCAUCAUUGCUAUGUAGUAAUUGUUUUAUUAAGUCAACCGAAUAAUUUUCGAUAGAAAAUCGAGAAAGUAGGUUUUUUCACCAUAUGAAUAAGGAUGUGUAGCAUUAGUAUUUAUUUCAUGUAGUUCAACAACACUAUUAUAUCGAUAAUUUGUAAAUUAUGUCGGAAGCCACUCAAUCCAUUAACGGCAUACCAGGUCUAUUAGUUGUAUAGAUCGUAAAUAGGUACUUAAUUAGCAAGUAUUACACGAACAUCUAGGUAUAUUUAAGAUUAACUUUUAACAUAAGAUAUUGUUAUUUAUUUCCGUGUAAAUAGAAUUAAAAGUUACGUCUAUUUUAACGAGCAACUUAAAUGUUAUGUUCGCCAACAAUUAAAUUAUCGAUCUGAAGUUAAUGUACUUAUUUAACUAAUUUAAUAUGUGUAUCUAAAAUAAGUAUAGUAAUUAUUGUAAAUUAACUUCAUUGUUGUUAACUAUGUGUACAUAAUAAAUGUGUCAAAUUGUUUCAUGUUAUAAAAAUAUCAUAUCGAUAAAGUGCAUAGAGAUGCAUCACUAGAGUUAGGCAUUGUGUAUAUUAUUCGUAAAUUAACUAUUAUGGAUAUCUAGUAAUUACUAUUUACAAUUGCAUGCCUAGACGUAUGUUCACGUUGCUUUGUAGAACUCAUUUAUCUUCAAACGUUACUAUUUUUUUUAAACGAAUUAAUAAAAACAAAUAGAAAAGUCAACAAAUCGUA